UAGAUCUACUUUAUCCCCUUACCAUGAAAUAGACAGACUUUUGUACCCGCGAGCAAGUCACAUGGCAAUUCAAGAAAGCGCAUUAAAAUCGAGUCCCAUGACAAAAUUGCUAGCGAAAAAUAAUGAAAAUACCCCGCAACCACCACACAGUGGCCUGCCCGCAGCUUGGACCUUCCUUUUCUUUUCUGCUAAUAAUCGGAUGACAAAAUAAUUCAACCAUCACAAAUGAUGAUGUCCCAACAAAGAAAGAGAAGGAAGAUAGGUACAGACGACUUGCGUCGACUAACCACCCCGUCUAUCUUCUUAACUGCCAAAAUGCAUGAACCCUUCCACGCCCGUACACAAACUGUCUCUCUCUAUAUAUAUAUAAUCCCCUCUCAGGCCCCAAAAUGUUCCAUCCUGCGCUUCUAGUAAAAAAUCCUCAUCACUCACUCGCUAGUCGCUGCUCACUACUACUUGGGAUUCCAUUCCCGGGAAGAACAUAAUCACUGGAAAAAAGGGAGAGAUAAGAUGCCAACAACUGCAGUUCAUGUAGUUUCCAAAUGCACAGUCUACCCGGAAUCCAAAUCAGCCCUAUUCCCGUCCUUAAAGCUCUCCGUCUCUGACCUUCCCAUGCUCUCUUGCCAAUAUAUCCAAAAGGGCGUUUUACUAUCCCAGCCUCCCCUUGACGCCGCCUCUCUUCUCUCUCUGCUCAAGCUCUCCCUCUCCAAAGCUCUCUCCCACUUCCCUCCCCUCGCCGGCCGCCUUCAUACCGACCCUCACGGUCACGUCCACAUCCUAUGCAACGAUGCCGGCGUCGACUUCGUCCAUGCAAAAGCCUUGCACCUCUCCCUCCCCACCCUCGUCCCUUCUGAUCAACUUCAUCUUCAUGACAUCCCGCCUUGUUUCCGAAAGUUCUUCCAGUUCGACCACACUCUCAGCUACGCCGGUCACCACAAACCUCUCCUGGCUGUGCAGGUCACCGAGCUCAACGGCGGCCUUUUCAUUGGUUGCACCAUGAACCACGCCGUCGUGGACGGGACCUCCUUCUGGAACUUCUUCAACGCCUUCGCUGAGGCCUGUAAGGGGGCCAAAAGGACCUCCAAGUCCCCCAACUUCUGCCGCGAAACCGUGUUCACCUCCCCGGCGGUUCUCCAGCUCCCGGCAGGCGGGCCUUCGGCGACAUUUUCCGGUGAAGAGCCUUUGCGGGAAAAGAUAUUCCAUUUCAGCAGAGAGGCAGUUUUGCAGCUGAAAUUGAGAACCAACAAGACUUGCAAAAUGGGGAGUUGGGUGGCGGGUGACGGGGAAAAAGGCGGCGGCAGAACUAACGGAAAGGUAACGCGCAAGUCUUUGAAGCCCGCGACCGAUGAGAUCUCGUCUUUUCAGUCCCUGUGCGCGCAGCUGUGGAGAUCCGUGACACGUGCGAGGAAUUUGGAUGGGAACAGAAGGACGACAUUCAGGAUGGCGGUGAACUGCAGACACCGGCUGGAGCCGCGGGUGGACCCGCUCUACUUUGGUAACCUGAUCCAGAGCAUCCCAACCGUGGCUUGCGUGGAGGAGCUGCUGGGCAACGACCUAUCCUGGGGUGCGGAUCGGCUGCAUCGGAAUGUGUUGGCGCAUGACGAUUCCACGGUGCGGCGGGGCGUCGAGGAAUGGGAGAGUAAUCCAAGGCUGUUUCCGCUGGGGAACUUUGACGGCGCGAUGAUCACCAUGGGAAGCUCCCCAAGGUUUCCAAUGUACGAUAAUGAUUUUGGGUGGGGACGACCCAUUGCAGUGCGAAGCGGUAGGGCCAAUAAAUUUGACGGCAAGAUCUCGGCAUUCCCAGGGCGUGAAGGAAAUGGGAGCGUCGAUCUGGAAGUUGUUUUAGCACCAGAGACUAUGGCUGGACUUGAGAAGGAUGUGGAAUUUAUGCAAUAUGUAUCCUGAAUCCUGACCGACUCAAUUCUAGUGUACUGUACUCCUCCAGAGGCGCGUCUCCUUCUACUCCGUCCACCUGCAUCAUGAUUAUUGGACAAAAUUUUAACGGACGCAGGAUUGCAGCCAAAUUUCCUUCUCCAAAAAAGAAAACAAAAAAAAACAAACCUCAGUCGAGAAGGAGAGAAGAAAUAAAAGAUUUUUUUUUUUUUUUUGGUGUUUGAAAAAAAAAAAUACCGAAGAAAGGAUCUUGAAAAAGACGUACUACAAUAUAGAUAUAACAUCUGCAAAUGGGUGUGAUAAAUCAUAAACAUCUGCAAAUGGGUCCAAACAAGUUAAGGAUCGCCAAGAAAGAAAUCUGCAAUUGAGCUAGCCAUGUAAAUACAAUAUUUAUAUUAGCCUAUAUUUUGCUGAUGAUUAAGUUGGAUUAUAUUGCUACGACUGUGCUUUUAUCUCA